CCAGGCCCCUGAGCCUGGAGGACAGCAGCUGUCCCCAUGUCCAUAGCAAGCUUAUCAGGCUGGUACCAGCUCCUGGGUGAGUGGGUGUGACCUGUGCAGAGAGAGAGAUGACACAUCGGGAAGUACGUCAUCUUGUCAUCACUGUGACAUUACAAGAAUUGCAGCCAUGGCUCACCUCUUUAUAAACGUGAACCCGUGCACCUUUCAGUCCAGCCUCAGCCUGCUGCGAAGCCGGUCAGCCAUGCGGAUCCUGUACCUGCUGGGCGUGUUGCUCCUCUUGUUCCUGAUGCCCGUUCCAGGUCACAGCGGGAUCAUCAGCGCAGUACAGAGGUACUAUUGCAGAAUACGGGGUGGCCGGUGCGCCGUGCUGGGCUGCCUCCCCAAGGAGGAGCAGAUAGGCCGCUGCUCUCUCCGGGGUCGGAAAUGCUGCCGCAAAAAGAAAUAGGGAUCAGACGUGAGGAGAAUGUUGGGGCGAUCCCUCCUUCAAGUUUAUAAAGCUAAAACCAAAUUUAAAUUUUUUUUCAAAAAUUUAGAAGCUUGAUUUUUUUUUUUUGAACACUCUGGUUUUGUGGAAGUUGAUACCAAGCAGGCAACUGAGAGAGGCUAAUGACACCUUCCAUUAAAUACAUCAGCUUCUGCACCGUGUUUGAUUUUCGUGGGUUUUGGAACUCGGCAACACUGGACUCUUUCUGGAACAUUCCUUUGCUCCCUCAUCCUCCAUACUCCUGGGCUUUACCGUCCUUCUUCCCAGGACUUCAUCUCUCUGAAGCCACCUCUAAAACCUUAAUGCAUCCCUCAGGCACCAAUCCAAAUCCUUCCAGAAAGUUUCUCCUCAGAGACGGGGACCCUGAGCCUCCUUUAGUAUACCCUUUGCUUUCCUGCUGCCCAGGCCUCUGAGCUGUGGGCCUCAGAACUGGCAUCAGCUCACUGCUCCCACCUGUCUCCAAACGCUAGCCGCCCGUGUCUGUCUCCUCCCGCCUGCUGCACCCCGGGCUCUGACGUGAGUGCUGCCUCUGAAGGUCGCUCGGUGUCUCCCCCGGUCCAUUUGCACACUGUGGGUCCCCACGCGGGUGGUAGGACUGUUGGUAAAGCGCCCUGAGCAUGGGGGCUGCUCGGCCAGCACUGGCUGGACCAACGUCCAUUCAUGAGCUUUGGAUCAUCCACUGUUUAAGGAUCCAGCAUCUGGAGUGAUGGUCUGUCCUCCCUGACCCCAGUCCCCCAGGCUAAGCACUAUGGUGGAACAGCAAGACUACUGGGCUCUCAGGGAUAGGGGAAUGAAGACCCCUGGAGCAGCCCACACCCCACCCACCAUCCAUCCAGGAAGCAUUGCUGAGUGCCCUCCAACAGUCCACAAGAAGGGGCCAGACAGAAGGUGAGGACAGGCACCAUCCAGUGGGGGACGUGACUGCAGGCAGAAGGAAGCAAGAGGAGCUUAUGACUGGCCGACCUGCUACUGGGCAGGGCCUGCAGGUGCCAGGAGGGGCCUCACCCUGCCCAGCAGUGCAGCCGGGUGGAGACUGAGGUCAUAACUAUGGGCACAAGACCCCUUCUGCAGGGCAGAACUUCCUCACAGGUGCUGUUGGGGAAGGGGGCUUCAGUCAGCCACAGGAAAGCAGAAACACCCAAGGUUUUAGAUGAAGUCCAGGCACACACAGGGCUGGAGGCACACACAGGGCUGGAGGCACACAGGCUCCCACUAGCACCGGCCUCCAGUCUCCCCUGAGGGAUGCCAUCAGCUGCGUGGAGCUCUCCAGGGAGCCUCUGCAGCUGCUCUAACCCGGAGCUUCUAGAGAUGAAAAUAAACAUCUGAAUUAAAAUAUACUGAGCUGGACAAAUGGUGUGUGACGGUAAGGAUCAGUAAGCCAGCAUCUGUUUUAGCACCAACAAAUGAGAAAGUGAAGCAGAGUGAGAGUAAAAGGAGAGACUGGGAAAACCUUAACAGAGGGCUGAGUGCAAACCUCACCAGCCCAGCCUCGGGCUGUGCUUGGAGUCAGAGGAAGCCAGAGGAGGAGACAGGAAACAAUGGCCUGCUGUUGUCCAGCUCUGGUGAGACUGCGACCCACAAAGGGAGGACUCAAAGAAAUAGGAGCAGAAUGAACAAAGACAGCCACACCAAGCACAUCAGAAUCGGAGUAUUUUAAAUGUGACAAAAAGAACAUCUUACAAACAGCUCGAGAAGACACAUUGCUCAGAGAGAGGAUCAAGCACGCUUCCCACCAGGGUCCACAGGAGCCGUGUGAGGCCCCAGUUCCACACCAGCAGGAUCGCUUCACAAACCAAAGCAAAGACCCCACUAUGUCAGCUACACCCAAAAGACACAGGAAUCCCUCCCGGGAAGUCCUGCACCAGGAAAUGCAGGCGUGGAGGAGAGUCUCUGCAAGAUGGAAGGAGCAGGCUGCCCACAUUCCAGACACCUCAGGAAGGGAGAGAUUGCAGCAGGUGAGAAACAAGAGCCAAAGGCACGCUGUCCAUCAGGAAGAAUAGGCCACAAUGACACCCAUUGUGCUGUGUAAUUAGUAGGCACUAAUAAAGACCCACUGUGCAUGUCAAAUACAAGGACAAAGUUAGGUCAAAGCAGAAAGGAUAGAACCAGACAUAUAAAAACAUUAAUCUAAAGAAAACAUUGGUUAAUUGAUUAAUCUUGGUUUAAUUGGUUAAUUGGUUGAUCUAUUGGUUAAUUGAUUACAGAUCAGAGCAGACUUUAGAACAAGCAGUGUAUUACCAGAGAUAAUGAGGGUAUUUUUUCUAAAGAUAAAAUGGUUAAAUCACAGGAAAAAAAAAAGCAAAUAAUCAGUACACAUCUAAUAGAAUCUAAUAGAAAUUGUUAAGAAAAAUUGUGGAAAUGAGAGAAUAAAUAAACAAAUUAAGAAUUGCA